AUGUCGUCACACGAAGAUAUUAUUCUUCCAUCGGCUUCCUUCCAAAAACUAACCAUAAAUGAUGUUUCAAAGUAUGGGUUUGGAUACAAUCCUUCAAUUGGUCCCGCAUCCAAUACAAUUACAUCAGAGUCUUCGCUGCUUCUUCUUAGUAAACGAACGGUAUCAUUGACACCCACAUCGACAAACUCGAUAUACGAUAGGAAUAUCACCAGCAGAAAGCCUCAUGAGAUAAGUUUGUCAGCCUUAUCUUUUUUAUUUUGUGAGAUUGUAAAUUGGGCUCACAAAAAGUCAAAGGGUGUUCACGAUUUGGAAAACCGACUAAAUGGACUAGGCUAUCAAAUUGGCCAAAGAUAUUUAGAGUUGGUCAAGCUUCGAGAAGGGUUUAAGUUGUACAAAAGAGAAAUUAAGAUUCUAGGUAUUCUACAGUUUAUUCACGGUCCGUUUUGGAAAACCGUUUUUGGCAAGUUUGCAAAUGAAUUGGAAAAAUCUCAGGACAUUUCAAAUGAGUAUAUGAUAGUGGAGAAUAUACCCACGUUAAAUAGAUUUAUCAGCAUUCCUAAGGAUUAUGGUGAUUUGAAUUGUUCUGCAUUUGUUGCCGGUAUUAUAGAGGGAGCACUUGACAGUAGCGGUUUUAGUGCCAGCGUCACGGCACACAAUGCACAAACUGAAGCAAACCCAAUGAGGACAGUGUUUUUGAUAAAGUUUAGUGAGCAGGUCUUGAUUAGGGAGAACUUGAGGUAG